AUGUAUGGCCCAAGCCGCAAACGAUCGUUCGAUGACAAUGACCGCGAUGGCGGUGGCUACAAGCGAUUUCGCUCGGAUGAUCACUAUAGUGGUGGAUCUCGACGUCAUGAUAGACGUGGUGGAGGUGAAUACGAACGUUUUAACGAAAGUGAUCGUGCGCGCGCUUGGCGUUUAGCUAAGAAAGCAAUUAUAGAAUUAGGCGACGGCGUAGAACGUGACCAGCUUACACGUACUUGUGAAUUAUUGCUGCGUGAACUUGAUCCAGAUGAGCAAGAAGUAAAGCUUGGCCAUCUAGCGGCAUUAGUUCUGCGUGGAGCGUCGCGACUGGCUCAUAAAACAGCGGUGUAUGCGACUCUUGUAGGACUCGUAAAUGCUCGUAAACCUUCUUUUGGACGAGAGAUCGUAACUGGAGCAGCUCAAUGUCUGCAAAAAGACAUGGAGUCUUUUAAUUCUGAGAAAAGUGAUGAUUCAGUCGCACCUGAUACGGAUUUGCUGCGUCGGAACGGUGACGUGGAUGCUGUGGCCACUCGCGUACGACUUACUGUGAGAUUAUUGACCGAAUUGGUUGCUGUUAAAGUGUGCAGGGCUGAGGAUGUGCUAGCUAUGCUAGAUACGCUUCAAGGACUUUGUACUCCAGAGGAUUGGGAUGUAGAUGACGAAACUUACGCUUCUCUUCGAGUGAGAGAAGAUGUUGCAGCCUGGAAAGACUUUUUCGCAUCCGUCGUGUUAGAUGCGCUGUUACAUAGUGGCAAGGCGUUAAUUACUGAAUCGGAGAAUCUGUAUGACAGUUUAUUAAGUCGAUGCAGAGAGUAUGUAUCACAUCGUGAAGAAGAAAGUAAUCCACGAGGAUCUAGUUUUGGUCCGUCCUCGUGGCUUACGAGGCGCUUGCAGCUUGAUCUACUUUGGGCACCGGAAACUGAUGAUGACGUGCCGAUAUUGUGUAAAUCUAGUGAUACUUUGUCACUGACUUAUGAUGCAUUGAACGCUCUUCAAUAUGGCGGAGAUAACAAAGCCGCUGCAUGGAAGUUGCCUGGAAUUAAUCAUCCACAGGACAUGUUUUCGUCGAGUUUUGAAAGCGCAGUAUCCCAUGAACUGGCAGUGUCAUUGUCAAUUGACAUAUCGAAGCUUGACUCAAGAAAGAUUCCGUCGUAUAAAACAUUGUUUCGAAUAUUAUCCGAUGAAUCUGGUGCUGCUGGUGCAAUGAUUGCAAAAUUACCGUUGGCUUCAUAUUUAAUCAGUCGCAGCCAUUUUCAUGAUGCAUUGGAGACUUGUCACCCAAAGCCGGCAAUUGCAGCUAAAGUACUGUUAGGUUUAUGUCGGGCGUAUAACAAUCGGUUUGCUUCUUUCGAAAAUGAAGGAGCCUCACCUGUCAAGAGUGAGUAUCUGCUUGUAGAAACGUUAUUGGUUGCUGCUCUUGGGGAGAGUACGAUUGCAAAGCAGACAUACUACUGCUCUGUGCUAUAUCAUCUCGUCAAGACUGAUGCUCAGGCCAUGUCGCCUGCAUUGGCUGUUGAAGUUGAACUUUUGUUUCGUGAGGUGCCGACUAUGCGUGCCGCUGCUGUCGAGUCGUUUGUGCUGCUCUUAAGCCACUUUCUCUCGAAUUUUGAAUUUAAGUGGCGAUGGGCAGCGUGGUCGUACGUACUGGAAGCCAGUGAAGAUGAUCCACAACGUCUCUUUGUAAGUUCCGUCAUUGAACGCUGCGUGCGUCUUUCGUACUUGCAGCACAUGCAAAACGCAUUGCCUGAGGAUUUCCACGUGCUUUUACCUCCUGCACCCAAGCCACGCAUUCAUUUUAAGCCCAUUAAGGAAGAUGACGCUGUAAAGGAUGAAGCCAGUCCUGCGUCUGAUUUUUACCAGUCUGUCACGACGAAGUUAAAAGGUCAUCCGCCUGCGCUAGCCCUGCGCUCAUGGCUUAAUGAAGCGCUUCCCCGCCUUGAGAUCUCGCGCGCAGAAGCAGUGGAGAUUGUAUGGACAUGCAUUCUGGAAGCUGGUGCAGCUACGUUUACACAUUUGCGACUGCUGUUGGAGAAGUAUGGAAAACGCAACGAGUUAUUUGGUAGCGAUAACCAGCCGGCCGAUGAGACGGAUGCUGACGAGCUUGUGGUGGUCAAAACAGUGGCUUCUGUCUGGUUAUUGUCACCGCAACACAUUGGUUUGAUUUUAAAUGCUAUGCUACGUCAAAAUUUGCUGCGUCCGUCCACAAUCGUUGCGUGGGCUGUUACUUCAGAUGCCGUACAGCAGUAUAGUUGGCCAUACAUGUGGGAAAUUCUGAACGAUACGCUGCAGCUGGUUCAAGACGCCAUUUGUACCAAGACACAACAAUUAGAGCAAGCGUCGUUACCGCGAGCGUCGGAUGACCGAGAUAACGACGAGAUGCUUGACGUUGCUGCGCUUGAAGAUGAUUGCAAGCGACUGCAAGAUGAGUUACAACAGCUUUUAGUACAGCUAUUUCGUGGAUUAAAUCGCGUUAUUACAGACCAUAAAUCGGAAUGUGACUCGGAAGGGUUGGACCCGCGUGACAACUGGUUCCGCAGUGCACUGGCGCAGAUGCAGGCCUUAGGUCUCCGAUACCGCGUGCCACUUGAAAAUGCGCUUGACAAGCUUCAGCUUGAAGUUUUUAGUGUCAAUGCCUCGGCUGAUGCAGACGCAACUAAGAUUUUUCAGCUCGUACGCGACUCAUAUCGCAGUGCGUAG